AGCCGAAGAUGUCGGCUCGGUCAUGUGAUCAGCUGUGUCCAAUCACAGCUGAUCUCAUGGGACAUGUACACUGAUCAUCAGGGCACUGAUGAUCAGUGUGCGAUGAUGAUCAGUGUGGCCCCAGAAGUGCCACCUGUCAGAGUCCAUCAGUGCCAGCUGAACAGUGCCACGUGCCAGUGCCCAUCAGUGCCACAAUGCCACAUAUCAGUGCCCAUCUGAGAUGCCCUUCAGUGUCACCCAUCAGUGCCAGUCAGUGUCACCUAUCAAUACCAAUCAGUGCCACCUAUAAGUGCUGCCAAUCAGUGCCACCUAUCAGUGCACAUCAGUGCCGUCUAUCAGUGCGCAUCAGUG